UACUGCGAAAUGCAUUUCGCCUAGACCCUAAGGGUGUAGACCUACAUUUAUUCAGCUUUUUAAAGAACAAAAAGAGGGGGGUGUGCUGCCCUUUCCUCUUACCUGCACACGCCCUUUGCCAUUCAGACUUAUUUCAGCUCGCGUACAGUGCAGUCAGAAUUUCAGAAUGGCAGGCCCUAGUGAUUUUUAUGGUUGGCAUAGGCACCAGAGAAUGGACCCACGGGCCGUAGGUUUUCGUACUGAACAAGAAGCUAGAGAUUGGGCAAAUCGUUCUCGUGAUUGGAAUGGUCAGCCACGCGACCGUUUUGUUCACUUUGAUUAUCCAGAUAGAGAAAGGUCUCCUCUUCGAAACUAUCGAGAGUGGGCUCCCUCCUUUGACGCUCAACCGCCAUUGUUUAAUAUUCCACCCGUGAUUCCACCACCGGCUUUUGACGUUCCUCCGCGUGAUCAGUUUUUUCACGGAGACCGGUUUUAUCAAAAUGAUGUGGGGGAUCGACCAAGGGGGCGUGCGAAGGAACGGGGGAAUGGCGCCGAGUUUCCGUUAGAUGAUAGGAUCGAAGAAGAAGCCUACGUUCGUUUUAGCAAGCUAAGAGACUUGGAAGAAAGAGAGAAGCGGGAGAGCAGACAGGAGGAAGACGAAGAAGAUGGCGAGUAUCUUGAAGUAGAGGACGAAGAGGAAGAAGAGUUAGACGAGGGGGGUCCAAAGCUAGUGGACCGUCCAUGGCUACCAAAGGAGCGUACUCCCCAAGCCCCUGCCGCCGGAUCUAAGUCGAAAGGGAAGGCUCUAAAACCAACGCGCGCGGCAGCCGCGGCAGCCACGGCAGGCUCAUCCAAAGCAGCCAGUGAAUCAGGGGAAGUGACGGCGUUCAUCCCAACAGCGAUUUCAGACGAGAUUAGGGUUUGGCUAACGACUGGCCUGUCAACCGACGAUUCAAAAGCAAUCUCAAAGAAAUUUGAGCUCGAGUUUGAGGACCCGACUUUCUCGAUUAAACCGCCUAAGCUCGACGGCUUUAUGUUGAGGCAUGCUAAAGACAAAGAUCGAUUGAAAGGGGUUAAUGCUUCGGAGGAAGCGCUUAUACAGACUCAGCUUAAAAUAAUGGACGUUGCCCCACCUCUGUUUGAUUUAUACGCUAAAGUGUGUGCUCUUGGAGAGGGAGAAACGGUGACGCAAGCCAAGAAUACGGUGCGGGCCGUUUUACAACAGUGGGGUAGAGCGUACUACCACAUCACCCAAAGAAGAAGGCGAGCGGUUGUGACAUUGGUGGAACCGACAUAUGACUUCAUAUUGUCAAACCCUGACGCUUUCGCACCGGGAAAGGAGGCAACUGAGCUCCUUUUCACGGACAAAUUCUUAGAGACGAUGCUCAAGGAGGCGUCUCAAGACGCCACACUGGCAAGCUCAUCGGCGGCUCGAGCGAGGGCUAAGGCAGGUGGAAGAAAGGUAGCAGUGAACCCAGGCCCAUCUCAACGGGUGUUGCGCCCAAGGAGAGAAGCAGCGGCCCAAUUUCCCGUUGAAGGGAGGCAGAGUGGUGGGGUCGGAAGAGGACGACCGCCGGGUGCAACUGCUUGGACUCGAGGAGGUGAAAGAAAUCAAACCUUUCGUGGCCGGAAAGCUGGAGGUUAUUCUAGAAGCAAGAAUAACUAGACUGGCGAGAAAGUAAGAAGGCCCCAUUACGUGUUCAAGUUACGGCAGUUGGCAGAGCUGUCCAGAAGAAGAAGCGCACUAUUUUUUGCUGCAACCAUUAUGUUCAUGUUUCUGUGUUUCAUGAUAUGUUACCUUGGGAUAGAGUUUUUUUACCCUGAAGUCCUCAGGUUUUUUCUCGUAUCCCCCUCAAACUGUUAUUUGGAAGUUAUGUGUGAAAUUCUCUCUGAUUAUGUUUGAUAACAUGUAAUUGUGUUUGGUUAAAACCCUGUACACGGAUCUGUAGCUAUAAGUCUGAAUGGCAAAGGGCGUGUGCAGGUAAGAGGAAAGGGCAGCACACCCCCCUCUUUUUGUUCUUUAAAAAGCUGAAUAAAUGUAGGUCUACACCCUUAGGGUCGUCGUCUACAUUUAUUUCUUAUACAAUUUCAAUUACCCUUCAGGAUCGUAGAACGAUCCCUCGGGUAAUUU